CUCAGCUGUGUAUAGCUACCAGCCCACCACCUAGGACCUAGCAGGGAAGACAGUAGAAGAAAACCUAAACGCAGAGCCUAGAGGAAGGAGAAGAUGGCGAACGCAGAUGUGGAGGCCGUGGAUUUCGAGCCAGAGGAUGAUGAUCUCAUGGACGAAGACGGUCCCGUCGAAAUCGAAGCUUCCCCUCGAGCUCCUCCCCCUAAGCUCAAGUCUGCCAUCACUGGUGGCUCCUCCUCCUCCUUGUCCGCCCCUAAAAAGACCAAAGGCAGAGGUUUUCGAGAAGAAGCUGAAGCAGAACGCAACAAUCGCUUUGCUUCUAAAGAUUUCGAUUCUCUGGACACCAACGGCGGCCCUGGUCCCCAAAGAUCUAUUGAGGGGUGGAUUAUUCUGGUGACUGGUGUACACGAGGAAGCGCAGGAAGAUGAUCUCCAAAAUUCUUUUGGUGAAUUUGGGGAGAUUAAAAAUUUGCAUCUGAAUCUUGAUCGUCGAACUGGAUUUGUCAAGGGCUAUGCAUUGAUUGAAUACGAGAAUUUUGAAGAAGCACAGGCUGCAAUAUCUGAAAUGAAUGGUGCUGAGCUCCUUACCCAGACCAUCACAGUUGAUUGGGCUUUCAGCAACGGACCUUCCAAAAGGAGAAGCAUGAGAAGGAGGUCACCACGUGGGCACCGUUCUAGGAGUCCUAGGAGGAGAUACUGAUGCUACCUGUUCGGAAGUGUGUUUUCGUCUUGGGAUAUUAGUUCGAACGUAGACUCGUUGCUAGAAUAUUGGUUGAUGCGGAUGGUUGAUGCAUGCUUGGGAGCUUUUCUCUUCCAUUUUGCCCCCUUAUGUUUUUGUGGAUCUGAUUUGGUUUCCCCUAUGCCUAACAUUUUCUUUUCUUCCCUGGAUUAUGGCCUUCACCCAAAAAAAGUAUGGUAUUAACACCGAUGAAGCUGCUUCUUAGUAUAUGUAAAAAACUAUGAUCAUUAUUAUGUCGAGUUAGUUUGGACAA